UUAAUGCUCUCUCAGAAAAUCCUCAGCUGUGGGGUCUAAAGACAACUUAUUUGCCUCAAUGCAUGUAGUGAAGUGUCGGGCUGGUUCAACUUUUAAACAGUUCAAGUCCAUGGAGGUAAGAGUUUCAAGGCACAAGCAUUCUAAAAGUGAUCCAUGUCAAAGAAAAUUUGAUGUUGCUAAACAAGAACCAAACAGCAUCUUUGAAGAUUUUUGUCACCUUAAAUCGAAGAAAAUGGGACAGCUUGAGGACUGUGUUGAAGUCAAGAAGAGGCAAUUUCCUAACACAGAGGUUCAAAAUUCAUUAAAGCAGGAGAUUUUAGAUCUUCAAGACCGAUUGCAGGACCAGGUUUUGGUGCGCCGUGCCUUGGAGAAGGCAUUAAGUAGUAGGUCUUUUUCCCAUGAUAUCAUGACUGAUAAGUCAAUCCCCAAGCCCGCUAAGGAUCUGAUGAAGGAAAUUGCAGUAUUGGAACUGGAAGUAGUGUAUAUGGAACGAUAUCUUCUCUCACUGUAUAGAAAAACAUUUGACCAACAAGCAUCAUCUCUGUCAACCAAGGAUGAAAGGGAGGAUGAGAGGUUCAAAAUGAGUUCAGACGCACAUAGAGGAAUGUUUCCAGCAGUUCCUAGAAAUGAUAUCGUGUCAGUUAAGGACAAUUCCACUGAUAAUGCAAGUCAUCUUACUUCACUAACCAAGGAAUGCAAUGGCACUUGGGGACUGGAAAAACUGUUAGAUUCCAGCAUUCAUCGAUGUCAUUCCUCAAUAUCUCAGCGGUCUAUUGGAACUUCUCCUCCAACGCGAUCUAUAGUCAGAGCCAUAGACUCAUACCAUUCUCUCCCACUGUCAAUGCUGGAGCAAGCUUGGAAUGAUACUUCAAAUGCAACCAGUCUAGCAGAUCAUCUUGGAACCUCUAUUCGCUAUGGUGUAGUAGAGACGCCGAACUGGCUUUCUGAGGAGAUGAUCAGGAGGAUCUCAGCCAUAUAUUGUGAACUUGCAGACCCACCUUUGAUCAAUCCUGAUUAUGCUUCCUCACGUAUUUCAGUCUCUUCAUCACCCAACGAGUUUCCAUCACAAGGCCAUGGUGACAUAUGGAGCCCCCAGUACGGGAACUUUUCAUCCUUCAACUCAUCAAUUGACAAUCCUUUCCACAUUGGAGCCUCCAAGGAAUUCAGUGGACCAUACUGCUCAAUGGCCAAGGUCCAACACAUUUGUAGAGAUAGUCAAAAGCUGAGAGAUAUUCAACAUAAGCUGCAAGAUUUUAGGUCACUUGUCUCUCAGCUAGAAGGGGUUAAUCCUAGGAAGAUGAAACACGAGGAAAAACUAGCGUUUUGGAUCAAUGUGCACAAUGCACUUGUGAUGCAUGCAUAUUUAGUAUACGGCAUUCCACAAAAUAAUAUGAAAAGGAUGUCCUUAAUACUCAAGGCAGCAUACAAUGUUGGGGGUCAUACAGUUAAUGUAGACAUGAUACAGAGUUAUAUUCUGGGAUGUCGGCUUCUCCGUCCAGGACAGUGGCUGUGGCAGCUAUUUUCUUCCAAGACAAAAUUCAAGGUUGGAGAUGGAAGGAAAGCUUAUUCUAUUGAUCAUCCUGAACCUCGCUUGUAUUUUGCACUUUGUGCAGGAAGCUAUUCUGAUCCUGCGGUUCGAGUAUAUACUCCUAAGCGAGUGUUUGAGGAUCUGGAGGCUGCAAAGGAAGAAUACAUCCAAUCAGCAUUCAUUGUACAUAAAGAAAAGAAACUCCAUAUACCAAAGAUUGUGGAGUCUUUUGCCAAGGAUUUGGAACUUUGCCCUGCCGGUUUGAUGGAAAUGAUAGAGCAUUUACUGCCUCAUUGUUUGCGGAAAAGAAUUCAGGAGUGUCGGCACAGAAAAUUUGGCAAGAACAUCGAGUGGAUUCCUCACAACUUCGCGUUUCGCUAUCUGCUUUCCAAGGAAUUAGCCUAGUUACCUCAUUUCCAUCAGCAUGGGUGGGAUUACAUGUGCUGGAGCUAAGCAGCAGUUUAAUUUUUCAACUUAUGUUUGCAAUAUAAUGUGGAAACGACAGAAGAAUCAUACCUGAAAUUCAUGGUCAACUAAGCAGUACCAAGUUGAUUUAGACACCAUAUUGAAGUGUCUAUCUUAGAAGAAUGAUGAUCAAUUGGCUUUAUGAUCAGAAAAUACUCCAACUGCCUUGAGCUUAUAUGAUCAGCAAUCUUCUUAGAUCAGCAUUGUUGUGAUUUGGCUGUCAUUCCACUUCUGUUGUCUACAAAAUCCAUGAUGAUGCAAGAGAAGCAAAAGUUGAUAGAAUGGUUGUUACUACUUUGUGUAAUAUUUAUCCAUAUUGCGUAACAUUUUGUAAAAGGAAUGUCUCGGCAAAACUUAAUAUUAUCAACAGGAAGUAUCUUGAUAGUAUUUCACAUAAUAA